AUGAAGAACUUUAUUGUGUCUGCUCCAGGAAAGGUUAUUCUUUUCGGUGAGCAUGCUGUGGUUCAUAAUAAACCUGCUAUAGCGGCAGCAGUGUCGCUGAGAACAUACACAGGCGUCGAAGAUUUGGCAGAUACUUCCAAGAUAGAGCUUGAUUUUGCUGAUAUCAAGUUCGAUCAUCAAUGGGCUAUUGAAGAUCUACCAUGGAACGAGCUUUCUGCUUCGAGAUCAUCUGAAUCUGCCAUUCCUACUUCUUUGGACCAACAUGUGGUGGACAUUCUGAACGAGACCGCUUUAAAGGGCAUUACAAAUACUUUCCAGCAUGCUGCUGCUUUCGCAUUCAUCUAUCUUUAUAUGAGCAUUUGUUCUCGUGAUACUCCUGGCAAGAAAUUCACAACUCGAUCGACUCUACCAGUCGGUGCAGGUCUUGGUUCGUCGGCCUGUCUCUCUGUAUGUCUAUCAUCAGCACUUCUCAGAGUAGCUGGUCAGAUCACGAAUCCAGAACCCACUCCUUCUGAAGAGUUUAUUGAUCUCAUUAACAAUUGGGCAUUUAUUGGCGAGUGCUGUAUUCACGGCAACCCGUCUGGCAUUGAUAAUACUGUAGCUACUCGCGGUGGAGCUGUCAAGUUCAGACGGCCCAAUAUCAUGGAGCCAAUUGCCAACUUCCCUCCUGUAAAACUAGUUUUAACCAACACUGGAUACCCACGAAGAACAUCAGAACUUGUUGCCAAUGUGGGAAAACUACGGAAAAACCUGCCUACUGUCGUCGAGCCUAUUCUCGAUGCUAUAGAACAUGUCUCAGAAGAGGCAUACAAAAUCCUCAACAGUGGCCAGUCUAGCUCUGCUAUUGCUGCUAACCUAGGUUCUCUAGUUCACAUUAACCACGCUCUAUUAGUUGCACUAGGAGUAAGUCAUCCAGCUCUUGAACAGACUAAAUAUGUUGCAGACAGCUUAAAACUUGGUGAAACGAAACUCACGGGAGCUGGCGGUGGCGGCUGUGCCAUUACCCUUGUCACUGAAGACGUGAGUAAAGAGGAAGUGCAUUCCAAGGUAGCUCAGCUGCGUGAAAAACUCCCUGCUGAGUUCCAAAUUUUCGACACCAUUCUUGGUGGUCCCGGUGUCGGCUACACUGAAGAUUACCCCCAAGCUGUGGCCGACAAGUUCGCAUCCAUGGAGAACGACGACUUUGAGAAGCUCUCUUGGUCCUACUGGUCUUCCUAG